UGCAGACCGACCUCAUCAAAAGUCCCUAUGUCAAGACCCGUUGGAGGCAUGAUCCAGAACCUUCAGGAAGACAUCACAUGUUCCAUCUGUCUGGAGUCCUUCAAUAACCCUGUCUCCAUUGAUUGUGGGCAUAAUUUCUGUCAAGACUGUCUGUUUACCCACUGGAAUGAUAGUUUGCACUCUCAGUACCGUUGCCCUGAAUGCCGCCAUCUCUGCCACCCUGAGCGGAUGAAGCUAGACACACGGCUGAAGAGUUUGGUGGAAAAGAUUGUACAGCUUCCUCUCCUGGAAGAGGUCAACAAGAAGAUGCCAACAACUUCAUUGGUAUUGGGGCAGCCAGUACAACUAGUGGGUUUGGAUGAGAAUGGGGAUCUCUGCUUGAACGCAGAGGCCCUGUGUAGCUGCUUAGAGCAGGAAGAGGUGAAAGAUACUCCCAUCUGCUUGAUUUCCAUUGUUGGGGAACAACGACGGGGUAAAUCCUUCUUGCUUAACUUCUUCCUGCGGAGGCUUAAAAACCUGGCUGCUACAGAUAACUCCUGGAUGGGCCAAGAAGAUGAGCCACUGACAGGUUUUGAAUGGCAUCCAGGAAUUAACAGAAUCACCAAAGGGAUAUGGAUAUGGAAUCAGCCGUUUUUGGUUCGUAGUAACAAUGGAAAGGUAGCCUUGUUCUUGAUUGACACCGAGGGCUCAAUGGAUAUAGAGAGAAGCAAGGAAAAUAGUGUCAAGCUUUCAGCUUUCUCUAUGCUGCUUAGCUCCUAUCAGAUUCUCAAUUUGUCCCACAUGCUGAAGGACACAGACCUGGAAUACCUGGAAAUGUUUUUGUACGUUGCGGAGACGGUGGGCCAUCAGUAUAAGUUGAAGCCUGUUCAGCAUCUUGAUCUCUUGGUGCGUGACUGGCUCUUCCCCCCUACCUAUGGAUUCCAGGGGGGACAGAAUUACCUCCAUGACAUCAUCCAGAAGCUGGAGGGCCAACCCAACCGGCAUCCACGAGCCCUGCAGACACUCAAAAGCACCAACAGUCGUUGUUACCUGAUGCCAUUCCCUGGCAAGGAGUUGGUGAUGGGAACUGAAGGCACCAUAGCAGACAUGGAUGAGGAUUUUAGGGAAUGCUUGAAGGAUUAUGUGAGUGAUAUUGCCAAUUCAGCUGGAAUGCGUAUGAAGGGAAAUCGGGACAGCAUGCCUCUCACCGGGACACAACUUGCUGUCAAGAUAAAGGAUUUGUCAGAUCUCAUGAAGAAAUACCAGUUUGGUUUUUCCUCACCCACACAGAUGGCUAUCACCUUCCACAACCUGAACACCCAGGAAGUAUUACAGAAGAAAUUUACAGAGUUCAUCAAAGAGCAGGAUCGACUUUCACGCCCACUGUUGGCAGGCCUACAAGUGACACCAGCCUCAAUGACCAAGCGCUUUCAGAAGAAGCAACAGGAGCUACUCCAAGAGUGCAAUGACUUCCUUCAGGGUGAUAAGCCAUGUCGGACCCAUUCUGUCUCAUGUCUGGAGAAGCACCUCCAACAUGAAACCAAAGAUUUCCUGGAGCUUUACACCCGCCGUUACAAAUUCCAUGCUCUCAAAGCUGGGGCAGCCAUCGGGGUGGGUGCUGUGGGGUUCGCUGGUGGGGUUAUUGGAGCUGGGGUGGCAGCUGCCUUGCUGGCAGCAGAAGCCAUCAUACUGAGCACUGGUACUGCUGCUACUUUUGCGAUUGGGACCAUGGCUGGGGCAGGCACAUUUGCACUUGUUGGGGGAGGACUGGGAGCUGGUGUGGGGAACCACAUAGGGAAUGCUAAGAUCAAAGAAGCCAAGAAUGUGGCUGAAGAUGAUAAGGAGACUGAAGAAGAAGAGGAGGAGAAUCUCUCAGAUGAGAGGCAUCUUAUUAGCUGAUGAGGUGCAUCUUAAGAGUUGUACCCCACACCUCCUUCUGCAAAGAACGUGCACCUGCCAUAAA